CAGCAACCUCAAAAUGAACGCCUUUCUCCUGAUCUCCCUCGCUCUAACUUCCACAUUCUUCUCCUUCUCCCAGGAAGCCUCAUCAGCUUCAGGGGAAAGUGACUUGCAAGCCUACAUUGUGUUUGUAGACGAGCCAGCAGAAGUCCUAACGUUCUCCACAGAGUCAAAUGAUGAUUUGCUUCGCUGGUACACCUCAUUCCUUCCCACAACCACUCUAAGCUCAAACAACCAACAAGAACGAAUGGUCCAUUCCUACCGCAAAGUCGCAACAGGCUUCGCAGCUAAGCUCACACUGCAGGAAGCUAAAGCGAUGGAAGGGAAGGAAGGCUUCAUCUCGGCCAGAGUCGAGCGAUCUGUGCCCCUACACACAACUCACUCUCCCAACUUUCUUGGUCUACAGCAGAAUUUAGCAGAAUCUGAUUGGAACUCCUCGAAUUUGGGCCAAGGACUGAUCAUUGGUCUAAUUGACAGUGGAAUCAAGCAAGAUCACGCUUCUUUCUCCGACGAAGGCAUGCCUCCCCCACCUGCCAAAUGGAGAGGCAAGUGCGAGUUCAACGGUAAACGAACAUGUAACAACAAGCUCAUUGGUGCUAGAAGUUUCCCUGCCUCCUUAGGCGAUCUCCCGUCGGAAGAUGAAUACCACGGCAGUCAUACUGCAGGGAGCCCUGUUCAAGGUGCCAAUGUGCUUGGACAAGCAAAUGGGACUGCGAUGGGGAUCGCACCGAAAGCCCAUUUGGCAAUGUACAAGGUAUGUGGAAUGAGCGACUGCCCCGAGAGCGGGUUAUUGGCAGCAAUUGAUGCUGCUGUUGAGGAUGGUGUUGAUGUGCUUUCGAUGUCGCUUGGUGUCAGAACGGAUAAUUUCUAUAACGACGUGAUUGCGGUGGGUGCAUUUAGAGCCAUUCAGAACGGCAUCUUUCUGAGCUGCUCAGCUGGAAAUGCUGGACCAUCCAAGUCUUCUUUGAAUAAUGAGGCGCCAUGGAUUUUGACCGUUGGAGCGAGCACGAUCGACAGGGAGAUCAGAGCAAAUGUGGUGCUAGGAAACAAUGUGGAGCUCCAUGGGGAAUCCCUCUACCAGCCAGAGGGUUUUGAUUCGCGACAAUUGCCAAUCAUUGAACCUUCUGCAACUGGGGGAAAUGCACCUGCAGUAUUUUGUGUAGCAGGGUCAUUGAAGAACAUUGACGUUAAGGGCAAGAUAGUCGUAUGCCAGGCAGGCAGAGUUGAUCCAACCGCGAAGGGACGAGAAGUGAAGGAUAAUGGUGGAGCAGGCAUGAUCUUUAUGAAUGAUUUGGCGGGUGGAGACACUAUUUUUCCAAAUGCUCAUGUUCUCCCUGCGUCGCAGCUUAGUUAUCGGUAUGGAUUAAUAGUGAUGAGUUACUUGAACUCCACACAAUCUCCAACCGCAUCAAUCUCAUUCCAAGGUACCUUGAUUGGCAAGAAAAGUGCGCCACAAGUUGCCUCAUUCUCUUCCCGUGGGCCUAGUCUGAACUCUCCAGGGAUCCUAAAGCCAGACAUCAUUGGACCCGGGGUCAACGUUUUGGCUGCUUGGCCAGUCCCGGUUGACAAUGCUACCAACUCAUUCAAUAUGAUUUCAGGAACUUCAAUGUCAUGCCCGCACCUUAGCGGAGUCGCAACUCUGGUCAAGAGUGCUCAUCCAAAUUGGUCCCCGGCAGCCAUAAAGUCGGCCAUUUUAACCACGGCUUACAAGUACGAUCGUGGUGGCAGGUCAAUUUCCACCGAGCAGAAUGUUUCUGCUUCUGUUUUCGAUAUGGGUUCUGGCCACGUGAAUCUGUCAAUGGCCUUGAGUCCAGGCUUGGUAUAUGACAUCCAGCCAGAUGAUUACAUUCCUUAUCUGUGUGGAUUGGGUUAUGGAGACACCGAGAUAAGAUUGAUCACGCAACGAAAGGUGAAUUGCUCGAAUGUAUCUUCCAUUCCCGAGGCCCAACUCAAUUACCCAACAUUUUCCAUCUCAUUAGACUCCGACGAUCAGAAGACUUACACAAGAACAGUUACUAAUGUUGGCCUUCCCAACUCUAGUUACACAUGCAAGACUUUAUCUCCAGAAGGCGUUGAUGUUAAAGUCAUGCCCGACAAGAUCGAGUUCAAGGACUUGAACGAGAAAGCGAGUUAUUCCGUGACAUUUACUAAGUUGGGGAAUGUGACGAUUACUAAGGCUAGUGAAGGCCACUUGAUCUGGUCAUCUGCUGAUGGAAAAUCUAAGGUCCUCAGCGCUAUUGUCGUUGACUUUGUUUGACGUAAUUAAUACUUAAUUUACUGUUGCAAUUGUGGCUUUUUCUUGUAUCUUUGUGUUUUUGCCUUUUUGGAAUAUUUGAUUGGCUACAAUGUAGUUUAAGUGUAUGGCUAUGUUGCUUAAUUUUAGUAAACCAAUAAAUGGGUUAGUCGACCGUUGCUACGUUCAAUACCAUCAUGAUCUGUGGUUUGAUUUGGUUUUGUAAAAAUAUUUAAAAUUCGUGUUAAAAUAUAUGAGAUAUGAAUAUAAUUAUAUAAAAAUU